AUGAACGCAGUGAAAGGUAGUUCUGAAGUGCGUAGCGUUCAAUGUGAGUUCUUUAGCAAUUUUAUUACUUUGAGGCCUUUUCCAGCUCCGACAUCCGAUUCUUUUUGUAUUGCUACAGUGGCCAAGGAACUGCAGUUUUGUAGAUUGGACGGCGGAGAUGUCGACUUGAAGCAUUUUGCAGGGGUCUAUGAAGAACUUUCCAAGUGAGUAUUGAAGAUACAAGUGAAAUAAAGUUCUGAAAAUUUCACAGAUUCAUUGGAAUGCUGGGUAGGAUUUUCGAGUUUGUACAGAAAGAUGUCAACGAGAAGAUAAGGAAUAUCAAUUCAUUUUAUGAGAAGGUUUUUUUCUCUAAAAAUGCGGCAAAGUUUAACUUUAAUAGAAAUUAUCCAUAAAAAGCAUUUUGAGCUGUUCAAAAAAUUUUUCGAGAAUUUUUAAAGUACCAAAAGUCUCGAGUCUAUUUUGAAAGUCAGGUUAAAAAGAAGCUCUCUCAAAUGAUUUAACAAGAUUUUUUUUUUCGGAUGUUUUGUGAACCUUGACUAAGUUUCCUUCAAAAAAGUAUAUAAUAAACCAACGACGAACUGAAAAAAAAACGCAUUUACUUCCGAAUAUUUAGAGCCCAAAGUUCAAUUUUCUCUUACUUACCGAGAAAAAGCUCUGAAAUAGGAUUAUUUUAAUAUUGAAAAGUUUCAGAAGCUUUAUUAUAUCCUGAUAAAAUGUAAUUUUUUCUCAUUUUGUUCUUUCCAGAACCCAAAAGACUAUUGUUCCAUAGCGAAGAUGAUCGUCACUGAAAAAGGCGGAAAAAACAUGGGAAAAAGCUGCUGCGCCUCGGUUUUGCUUCUCAAUAGGUCUCUUGUUAACAUUUUCAUUCGAAACGUUCCCUUCUUUUCAGAGCUCUCGAGUUCGUGAUGGACUUUUUGGAUUCGGCGACGGAGGCCGCCGAUUCGGACAGUAUGCCGCAGAUUUGCAGAACUUCUUACGACAAAACACUGGCGAAGUCAUUUUUUCUGAAGUUUAUGGUCCAAUUCCUACUUUAUCUUUUCUUCUAAAAACUAUUUUUCAAUGUUUUGAUGUUUAGACACCACCCUUGGAUAGUGAGAAAAGCCGUCGGAAUUGCUGUUCACACCUUGCCUUCAAAGGAACGUCUCACUACUUGUAUCAAAGGUUUUUUUUUAAAUCUAAUUCAGGGUUUGAGACAAAAUGUUGAUAUUUUUUUCAUUCAAAAAACGAUAAUUUAUUGAGUUUUUUUGCAUGAAAAUGGUUCAUCUCAUAGAGUUUACAACAAUAGAUGACAAAAAUGUCACCUAUAGGAAUAAUUUUAGUAAGUUUAAAGCCCCUUUAAGGAAGGUAGUGUGUUCUCAGAGGGGAACCUUUAAAUACCCCUAUAGGGAGCACUCUGGCGUUUUUGAAAGUAUCAUUCCACCUCAAAGAUCAUUUCAGUAAAGAAAAAAAGGCGUUUUCGAAGCGCCAUAAUUUUAUUAGAAUCCGAAAUGUGCAGUCUAUAAUAGAGUGUCUAUUUUUGUGACUUUUUUGAAAUCAGAUAUUCCGUCAGCCAAAUCUAAUCAAACUGUCUUUUUACAUUUCCAUUAGGGUUGAAAAAUCAGAUUUCAAUCAAAAUCGAAUGAAAAUUCAUAAUUUCUCGUAAACUGACUUAAUAAAUAUAGGAAACUGUAGAAAGUACGUUUCAUUAUGCAUUCAAAAGUUUUAUAGGGAAAACGGAAAAAGUUUCUUUGAGGAGCCUUAUGAGGAGCUGAAAAUGUUACGCUAAAAGAUCCGAAAAUGAUGAAAAAGAGUUUUCUGAAGUAAUUUUUAAAGCCUCAGAGGAUCUUUUUUGAAUUCCGAGGGUAUUUUUUAGAAACAAGAUGAAAAAGGGAAAUAAAAGUAUCUUUUAGGGUCGCUUGGAAGAUUUUUUCUUGAUGAACUUUGAGGUGAUUUUACGUUUCCGCGGAGUUCGUGUGCCGUCUUUCAUUGACAGCUUUUUUUUGAAUUGAUUAAAUAAUCAAAAAACAAAUGAGUGGGAGUUUCAGCAGUGAUGUUUAAAAUUUCAUUUUCCAUUUUUGAAUUUCUAGGGCGACUGGCUGAAGAAAACGAAUUGAAAGAAUUCGUUCGCCGCGUCGUCGCCGACGGAUCCGACGUCUACAGCAGAAUCGACGCCAUGUACACUAAAAACGAGCUGCACAAAAUUGUAUAA